AAGACCCCCCGGCGGGGCAGCCACAUCCCGCACCCUGAGGUGCGGGGCAGCGGAGCCGGGCCGGGGGCGGCCCAGGUAGCAGGGGCGGGGCGGCCGCCACCGCCCGGCCGAGGCCGCUCCCCGCUCGGCUCGGGUUACCUGGGCGGGCCGCGCCGCGGCUCUUCCCGUCUGGCCCGGCCCCCGCUACGGGAAGUGGGAGUCAGGGGCGCGCUCGGACGGCCGGGACGGCGGAGCCAUGGAUCCCGCCGGUCCCUUCGGAGCUCCGCUGCGGGGCCGGCUGCUCCUCGCCGUCUGCUGGGCGGUGGCAGCGGGGGCGGCGGCAGGAACAAAAGUUCUUCCACCUCCAUCCAACUUAAAUUAUUCUUUUAUCCAAAUCUGUACAUUGAACUGGACGUGGAAUCCCCCAGAGAACAUCAGCAGUAGCUGUGACCUGGAAUAUUCCAGUGACAUAGUGAUUGAUGAGGUCCCUCAGGACCAAAGACAGUGGAGUAAGAGUCUCUUUCGUGUGACGGAUACAUUCUUGAAUGAGGAAAUGCGUUUCAAAGUGAGAAGUGAAUGCAAGCAUGAUAAUGCCAGUGAACCAAGCCGAUGGGUGGAGACUUCUGUUCUACCAAAAGGUAUUCCAGGGACUGCUGCUGUUGGUUUGGGCUGUGUUUGGCACAAUUUGGAGUACAUGGUUUGUAAGUGGCAUCCUGGAGAGAAUGCAAGUAGUGAAACCAAUUAUACUUUAUUCUACUGGUUUGAUGGUUUGAUAAAUCCUAAGAGAUGUAAAAACUAUUCUAUGAGCCAAGGAAGCUUUGAAUGCACAUUCAGUCUUACCUUCCCAAGGUUUACCAAUACUUACCCAGCUAUCAGUAUUUUGAUUAGAGGUGAUUCAGAAGAAAUUAGGCCUGUGUGUGCAAGUGAAAAUCCUACCACCCUUGUAAAACCUGCUACACCAAAAAUAGUUGAGUUAUCAUAUGUUAAUGGUGGAAUAUAUCUACAGUGGAGUGAAUCAGACACCUUUCCAGCAAACUGUCUCUAUUAUGAAUUGAGUUAUCACAAUGGUGAUCUGACCGUUGCUCAGACAAUUCGAGUUACAUCUAAUCGUACAUCAAUUCCUAGUGUUGAUCUUAAUAGCAAGUAUACCUUCCGAGUAAGAGCACAACCAAAGCCUGAGUGUUACAGCAGCAAGAUCUGCAGUGAAUGGAGUGAAGAAAAGAGUAUUGGUGAGAAUCCAGACUCUACGUUCUAUUUUGUUUUAAUAGUCACCAUUCCAUUAAUAGUAGCAGUAUCUACAAUAGUCCUACUAGUUUACCUUAAAAGGCUUAAGAUAUUAAUUCUUCCACCAAUCCCGGACCCUAGAGAAAUACUUAAGCGCAUGUUUGGAGAGCAGAAUGAGAAUCCCCAGAGCUGUGCAAAGGAUGAUUCUAUGAAUGCUUAUGACAGGUUAAUCAAGGAAGAAGAAAUUCAUUCUUUAAUUUUAACAGAAACUCCAGAAUCCUCUAAUUCUGAAAAAGAAAACCGGUAAAAUCUGCUUUCCCGAUGAUGGAUAAGGAAAGACUUUUAUUCUUGCUACUUUACCUCAGGUGACAAUGUAGAUGUGAAGAGGCCUGCAAGACAUUCACCACCAACUUCUACCUUACGGAGUCCUUUCUGAGCCUUAUUUCCUUGAUGCUCAGAAGAUGAGUUGCUAAUGUUGGCCGUUCCUCCAUCUCUGCUAGAAAAAUUCAUCUUGGAUCAUCUGAGAUGAAUAUGUACAUACAUUUCAUCUAACUGCAUUGCAGCAUCCCUUGUUCUAGCUCCAACCAGCUCUGCUUUAUUACUUGUCAUCUGCACUUGUGUUUGAGCCUCACAUUAGACUGCAAAUGUUGGCUUUUGGUUUCAUUGUUUUUAGGGUUUUGCUUUGCUUUAUGUUUUCGGAGCAGGCACUGUGACUUUGAAGUAUUUGGCUCUGUUUUUCAGCAGGUGAGACAAGACUUGCUUGCGGUAGGUGAGCUGUCUCUGCUAAGACACAGAACUGUUGCCAGAUAGGGUGCCAGAGCAAUGGACCAUUUAUGAAUGGCUUAUUUUGAGUGCUCCAGGACUUUUUUUUUUUUUUUCCCCAGAGGACAUUAAUGGACUGACAUUCAUAAGCUUUUAGUUGAUGUGUUUCAGCUAUGGGCUGCUCAAACCCAGUAAGAGGAUUACUUUUACUUUAAAAAUGUGUGUGAAAAGCCUCUUCACCUUACAGCUGGUAUUCAGACUAUUCAUAGAAAAGGCUUUUAUUUUUUUUAUUCUUUCAAGUGCCUGUUUUCAGAUCUGAGGCCUUCAUGAGCUUCUUGGGUUAAUCACACUUUAAAAUUAGAAAAAGAAUUCUUUACCUCUGUUGUGCAGUGGCUGAUACCUCUGUAUUGACUGUCACCGGACUGUGAUUCUGAUUCCGCUUUGGCCAUAUUGGCCUGAAAGGAUCUGAUUUUUAGAAGCUGAGUCAUCCUGAGUCUGUCCAGCAAAAUUACCAGGAUGGAUGCAUAUGUCCAAGGAGCUGCGUACAAAUCGCUUAGUAAGAUGCUAAACCACAGCAACUGAUGAAUUCAACGACUUUAAUAUUCAUCCUUACUGCUAUGCUGAUGGAUUUGUGGAAAGAAAAUAUGACAACCUUGGCCUGCUUUCUCGGGGAAGAAUUUUAUUUUUUCUGUAGUGAUGAUGCUUUAAUUUUAGCUUCUUCUCCAGGGACUUAGCAAUUAAAAAAAA